GCUGUAUACAGCAGUGUAUCGGCUUCGUUUCAUCCCAUGGGUUUCUUUGCUCUGUUCGACAAAAAGCUUCGAGCUCAGAAAAAGGCAGAGGAGGCCGAGGAGUCCAGACUCGAAUUUGAGCGAAUUCGCCGUGCCCUCGGUGCAACGAUCGCCUUUCCCGGUGGCCUUAGUCAGGAUGAGAUUUGGUGGAGGGAUCACUUUCUGUGGUUGAAGGACGUCGGAUAUCAAUUGCGUUCGCGCCAUGCUCCGGACUGGGUUCCUUCGUGGCAAGGCACAGAUAAAUAUUAUGCUCUGUGCGAGGAUAGUUGGCAUAUAUAUGCCACGCAAGUCGUCAGUGCAACGCGAACGUCUGACGGAGCACAAGUCGUUUUGAAACGGAUUCAGCCAUCUGAUCAUCCGCAUGAGGUUGAAGUGGGCCAGUUUCUUGCAUCUGAACCCCUCAGGGAGCAACGCGAAAACCAUUGCGUCCAAUUGCUCGAUGUGUUACAAGUGCCAGAUGAAACGGAUGUAACCAUUUUGGUAUUACCACUGCUUCGUCCCUUCGACAAUCCUCCAUUUGAAACAAUCGGCGAAAUCAUCGACUUUGCUCUUCAAGUUUUCGAAGGCUUGCAAUUCAUGCAUAAGCACCACGUAGCCCAUCGUGACUGCAUGAACUUGAACAUCAUGAUGGAUCCAAUGCAGAUGUACCCGCAUCCAUUUCAUCCAUGCAGGCCCUCUAGACGUUUGGAUGGGAACGGACGGGCGAAACACCGUUCACGUACAGAGUGCCAUCCGCGAUACCUAUUUAUUGAUUUUGGAAUCUCUCGACGUUAUCCAGCCUCGGAGAGCGCUCCUCUAGAGCCUCCGAUUUGGGGAGGGUAUAAGGGCGUGCCAGAGUUUCAGACGUCUGAUGAACCAUGUAACCCGUUUCCGACGGACGUAUGGUAUCUGGGCUUCGCUCUGCAACAACAGCUUCUUAAUGUUUAUCGCGGCUUGGGUUUUAUGGAACCUAUGAUUUCGGAUAUGUUGCAAACUGAUCCUUCCAAGCGGCCAACCAUGGAUGAGGUUAUGUCUCGCUUUGUUCCAACAUACAACGCAUUGAGCCCGUGGAAAUUACGCUCCAGGGCAGUCAUGAAGGAGGAAUGGAUUAUUACGCGACCUUUCCGUGAUCUCAUCCAUUGGUUGCGCUGUCUCCGGUUUUUAUGGCGACGCCUCCCUGCUAUACCAUCAUCACUCACUAUGUAAUUUCGGUCACAUGCAUGCUCUCGCUGCUUUGCAAACUGUGGUUGUUUACUAGUAUAAUUAUCUACGAUGUCAUUCACGGGGUCAGGCUUGCCAGUGAUCAGAGAUGUUUUGUUUUGAGUCAACGGUCGCUAAUACAUGCAAUAUCCACUACUAUUAUAAUACAUUCCAUGCUCACAUU